AUGGUCCAGAAUGGAGAUAAGGGUGAUAAAACAUUAACAGGAUUAAGUGAUGGUCCGUUUUGCCCGCGUGGUUUACCUGGACCGAGAGGAGAAAAGGGUAAUCCAGGUCCGAUGGAUCUCCCCAGUUAUCCUGGCGAUAAAAGUGGUAGCGGAGAUCCUGUUGAACCAGGCCCACCGAGUAUUGUUGAAUAUCCAGGAGACAAAGGAGAUGCUGGUACUCCUAGUAUAUCCGGUUUACCUAAGUCGGACCUAAAGGUGAACCUGGUCCAAAAGGACGUGCUGGCCUUCCGAAAAGGUGACAUCGGUCCUCCUGGUAAUGACGGACAGAAAGGUUUCCUGGGACGCAAGGGUAUUCAAGGUUUUCCGGGAGCUCCGGUUUUGCCAGGCUUACAAGAUCCUAAAGGUGAAAAGAGAGACACAGAUGAACACAGUCUAACUGGUUCUUCAGGAUUGACUGGUCCCCCAGGUUCUCCUGGUCCAAAAGGUGACAAACAUUUGAUUGGUCCAGCUGGGUUAGAUGGUCUCAGUGGUCUGCCCGGCGAGGAAGGAGACAGAGGAUUUACGGGUGCUCCUGGUAUGCCAGGAUUUCCCGGUUCUCCUGGCAUGGAUGGUACUUCAGGUCCUGAAGGUGCUCCAGGAUUACCAGGUCGUAAUGAAGCGAAAGGUUCUAAAGAAGAGACUGGACGUAUCGGUGAGCGAAGAGAAUGCGGUGAAAAGGGAGUUCAGGGACAUAACCCCCGGAACGCGUAUUGGACCCUCAUCCUAACACCCAAGUACUGGUACCAAAAUACCCGGGUGCACCACGUCUUCCGCGCAGAUUUGGCAGAUCCGUCGACGGCCUCUAGUGGGUUUAGUGAUAAUUCUCUUAGCCUUACAUCUGCAAUCGCCGGAUUUGCAGACACGUUUCCACCCUGGACCACGAGGAGGUAG